AUGUUCACUGAAACUCGAGUGAAAGGUGAGUUUUUUGCUAAUUUCGGGGAGCAUUUGAAAAAAUGUGUCAGUAUAUUAAAUUGGGAGCAGAAAGUUGAAACAAGAAAAAUAUUUGAUGACCAACGUUUUUUUAAAUAUAUUUUCAAAAGUCGAUAAUUUUACAGAUCGAUUCAAAGUAUUAUGGAAUCGAACAAAUUGUUGCGCGAGCUUUUCAUUUGAGCGUGAAAUUUUGGGUUCACGCGUGCAUCAUUUUUGCGAAUUUGUAAUGUUCAUUUCGGGUGAUAAAAUCUCAAUUUCCGCGUUGAUAAAUAUGGAUGGAAUUUUUGCCAUGUGCCAUAUAAAACUGGAACCGCUUCAAGAUUCCUCGACUUUGGCAAAAUGCGAAAUUCAUGACGCAAAAUUUGCAAAACCCUGGCCUUUGGAUGGUUCAAUGUUCAAUUUUGGAAUUGUCGAAAUGCGUGUACUUCGAUUUUGGAUGCGAGAAUCCGAUCGGAAAGUGAGUUUUUUUGCUCAAUUAUUUCAUGCUCAGCUUUCUCAAUUUUUUAUGGAUUUUUCCUGAAACUAGCAUUUUCUCGCAAUUUUUAAAAAAAUUCACAGCCCAAAAAAUAGAAAGUGUGCAAACACCGUUGCGAGCUACAGUAAUAUUUAUUAAUUUUUUAUUGGAAUAACUCUGGAAUUUUCAGAAGCUGUUUGGUUUGGAUUUGGUCGAACCCGGAUCAAUGGUUUUUUUCUGAUAAUAUUUACGCUGACAAACGGAAAAUCGAUCGAUAAUACAGCUAGGAGUAAUGACCCUAGCUGUAUACACAAUUUUGCAAUCAAUUUUCGAAAUGUCUGCCCAUACACGAAUCGCUUCAACUCAUUCCUCAAUGACUACUUCAAUGGUUUCCAACAUCGUUCUUUGGCCAACAAAACCAACUUCAACUUUGCCAACGAAUUCAAAGACAUUGAAAACAACGAGAAUCAAUUUGCUGUUGAUUUGGAUGUUCGCCAUUUGA